AUGCGGGAAAUUGUGCAUAUGCAAGCGGGACAAUGUGGGAACCAGAUUGGUUCGAAGUUUUGGGAAGUCAUCUCUGACGAACAUGGUAUCGAUCCGAAUGGAAUCUAUCACGGAGAUUCAGACCUUCAAUUGGAACGAAUAAACGUGUACUACAAUGAAGCUGCGGCUGGAAAGUACGUGCCACGUGCCAUUUUGAUCGAUUUGGAACCGGGUACAAUGGAUACUGUGCGUGCUGGACCAUUUGGACAGCUAUUUCGCCCGGACAAUUUUAUCUUUGGUCAAUCGGGAGCGGGAAAUAAUUGGGCCAAAGGUCACUAUACUGAGGGUGCAGAGCUUGUGGAUUCGGUGUUGGACGUUGUUCGUAAGGAAUCAGAGUCAUGUGACUGUUUGCAAGGAUUCCAAUUGACCCAUUCUCUGGGUGGUGGGACUGGAUCAGGUAUGGGCACGCUGCUGAUUUCGAAGAUUCGCGAAGAGUACCCGGAUCGCAUUAUGGCCACGUUCUCGGUUGUGCCCUCACCUAAGGUUUCCGACACUGUUGUGGAACCCUACAAUGCCACUCUGUCAGUACACCAGCUGGUGGAGAAUACGGAGGAGACGUUCUGUAUUGAUAACGAGGCACUGUAUGACAUAUUGACUUUCUUGGGUAACAAUACUGCCAUCCAGGAGCUGUUCCGACGCAUUUCGGAGCAGUUCACCGCUAUGUUCCGGCGUAAGGCAUUUUUGCAUUGGUACACUGGUGAGGGUAUGGACGAGAUGGAGUUCACGGAAGCUGAGUCAAACAUGAAUGAUUUGGUAAGUGAGUAUCAACAAUACCAAGAUGCCACGUUGGAUGAUGAGAAUGAUUUCGGCGAAGAGGCUGACGAGGAAGAUUGA